CUGCUGCUCGCCUGCUUGGCAGUCUCCGGAGGGACCUUCAGGCUGGCCCUGGCAAUGGAUGCCCCCAAGGAGCACACCAGGUGUCCUGCCCGAGGGACAUGCCCCGUGUUCCUGGCAAUGAGCUCGGGGGCUGUCCGCUACGCUCCAUCGGUUCUGGGACCUGCCCUUGACGGGAACUUGGGAGAGGAGCCUUGGGACCCAGACAGCCAGCCCCACCCAGACGAGGGCCACCCGCCGCCCCUUGAGGCUGUCCCCGUCCCCUGGAAGAGCGUGGGCCCCUGCAAAAGCCACAGGACGGAGUCCCCAAGAGGCCUGGCGGAGACCCCUGGAGGGGAGGAGGCCCAAGGUGAGGAGGGCCCUGCGGCCGCCCCGCUGGAUGUGCUCCGCCUGCGAAGCUCUUCCAUGGAGAUCCGCGAGAAGGGCUCAGAGUUCCUGAAGGAGGAGCUUCACAAAGCCCAGAAGGAGCUGAAGCUGAAGGACGAGGAGUGUGAGCGGCUGUCCAGAGUGCGGGAGCAGCUGGAACGGGAGCUGGAGGAGCUGACAGCCAGCCUGUUUGAGGAAGCCCACAAGAUGGUGCGAGCAGCCAACACGAAGCAGGCAGCGUCGGAAAAGCAGCUGAAGGAGGCGCGGGGCAAGAUCGACAUGCUGCAGGCAGAGGUGACAGCCUUGAAGACACUGGUCCUCACGUCCACACCGGCCUCUCCCAACCGUGAGCUCCACCCACAGCUGCUGAGCCCCACCAAGGCCGGGCCCCGCAAGGGCCACUUGCGCCAUAAGAGCACCAGCAGCACCCUCUGCCCCGCCGUGUGCCCCGCUGCCGGACAUACCCUCACCCCGGACAAGGAGGGCAAAGAGCCCGGGCUGGCCCCCCUCCUCUCCCUGCUCCUCUGCGUGGUCCCCAGCAAGGCUGUUCACCUCACCUACGAGCCGGCUUGGCAGCUCCUACCUGGGGAGCCGCCCACGGCCCCCACCUCCACCUCUGCUACCUCUCUCUCCUUUUCCCGACAGCCUGACAGACAUCCCUCUCCCACCCCCAACUCUCUCUCCCACAAUGGGCUCUGGGCCCCGACUGACAUUACCUGUGCCCUGAGCGGGCUGGCUCGUGCCUGUCGCCACCGAAUCCGGCUUGGGGACUCAGAGAAUCACUAUUACAUCUCACCGUCCUCCCGGGCCAGGAUCACCGCAGUGUGCAACUUCCUCACCUACAUCCGCUACAUCCAGCAAGGCCUGGUGCGGCAGGAAGCGGAGCCGAUGUUCUGGGAGAUCACGAGGCUGCGGAAGGAGAUGUCGCUGGCCAAGCUUGGCUUCUUUCCCCAGGAGGCCUAGGGCAUGGCCGGAGCCUGGAGGGGGGCUCUGAGCCACAGCCAACACCUGCCCCGGCACAGACAGACAGGAAGACAGGGUCCUGGCGCCAGCCCUGAGCCAGAAGCCGAGCAGAUGGACAGAUGGCCAGGCCAUGGAGGCCUUGCUGAGCCGGUACCAAAUCUUCAUCCCGGGAAAGACAGGACCUCAUGAGCUGACCCUUCGCCCUUCCCCAGUGGCCCUACAGCCACCAGGAGACUUUCAAGAAGGCACCAAAGACCAAGGAGCUUGGACCCACACUCAGGGGCUCAGCACCCCCUUUGCAGGCCUGGGAGCUGCUGCUUGCAGUCACCUUGUUGCUGUGAUGUCCUCAGAAAGGGCUCACACUGGGUGGCCUGACCUCCAGGGUAUCUCCCACCUCGGUUCCCAAGCCCUGGGCCACCAGCACCCCCGUGUGGCCAUCCCUCCCCCAUUCCCGUGGGGGCAGUGCGGCCACAAGGGGCUGUCAAGGACUUGCACACCAUCUGCUUGAGAACUACCCCAAACUGUUCUUAAGAUGGAUCAGGGCCCCUCCUCCCACCCUCGCACUUGACCUUCCCCCCCUCCUCCAUCUGAGCCUUGUGCUCCUGGAGGCCCUGCCCCCACCACUGGAAGGAUUAGGAUACUUUGCUCCCGAAGUAAAAUACAGACAGGGCCUCAGGACACCGUGUCUGUGUUCAGCUGUGGGUGGCCGUUCAGACAGUGGGGGCUGAGGUCGCCAAGCCCUGUACACAGGACCGGGGGAGGGUGGGCAGGACGCAGGCCCCUCCUCGCCCCUCACAGCCCACUCAGGACCGGGGUCCAACCUGGACACAUCCCUCACCGUGGCCGAUUUCCUCCUUUGAAUGGAAUGUAACACGAUCUCUA